CGGAAAAGAGAGACAUAACGAUGAGCCCGAACAACAUCGACAACAGCCAUGCUUCCAUACACGAUCACAGCACACACCCUGGUAGAAACCAAUCAGCAAUACUUGAAUUCAUCAAGUCCACAGACCAAAUUUACACCAAGUUUCCACGCUGUUGUCGCGAGCGGAUUACGAGGUCAGGGUGGCUAGCACAGCGAGUGGCUGGGUGCACCAACUUGACUCGAAAUAUUUCCUUCCACAAGACCCAUCGUAUGUCAACCGCACAUAGCAAGCAUGAACAACAUACGGAGCAACCCGACAAGGAGCCUCCAAUGCGUCCGCCAGAUCAGAAGAGCAUCAACACUGGACUCGAAGCCCAAUAAAGCGCCAUCGCUCCUCCGCAAAUACCGCGGCAUCAUCCUAUGGACGUCAAUCGGCCUGGCAGUAGGCGGCACAACCGGCACAAUCGUGUCACAUACGAUCGCUCCACCUCCUCAUCCGCUACCAGGAACACACGAAGAUGGCGUUCUCAUGCAAGAUCUCAACACGCGCAUCGACUCCGAGUUCAAAGUCAAGGUACUACGAGGAAAAUGUACCGCUGUAGCGGCGAGCUUGCGCGGCGAUGAAGGAGUUUGGCGGGAACUGGACCCCAAGACUCUGCAUGGCUCGCUUGUAAACGACUCACUGGCUGGUGCCCGAUCGCUGGGAGUCCAACGUGUGUUCUGGAACGAGAAAGAGCAUGAACUAGUGGCUGUCGUGUGGUUUGGAGGUGCCAUGUCUGGAUGGCCCGGCGUUACACACGGUGGUGGCAUUGCGACUGUUCUUGCAGACAAGAUGGCUUUGGCAGCUCGUCUUGCAAAGGGUAUUGCGCCUGCCCAGGACUCUUCUGUCGGUCCCUCGGAGGCGACGCGUCUAGACUUGGCCUACAAGAAGCCUACCUAUGCCAAUGCCUUUUACGUCGUCAGAGCAGUACCUAGAUAUGGCGCCUUUGAGUCUUCAUCGCCCAGCGACAUGGAGGUCGAGGCUCAGCUGGAGACUCUGGAUGGCAAAGUAUGCGUACUAGUCAAGGGUGCUGUCCCUGUCUCCGAGGACGAAAGCACCAUCAAGUCCUCUAUACAGAGCUUGACGCCUGCCAAGUCAUGGCUAGGCUGGACGUCUCGCUCAGAUACUUAAAAACGCGUCCGAAGACUACCCAUCGCACAAGUGGAGCGAAAAGAGAGAGGGAGCAAUAUGCUAUCAGAUCCUCAGAUUCAAGAGCGGUCCCGGUCCAAGGAAGUGCUUCGAAGACUAGGGCGUCUGUAUUUGAGGAGCAUUAUCUGAUGGAUGGUACAUGGGUUUGAAAUCAAGCGGAGGAGUUGAUAUACUAUGAACAUUGUGUAGCGUCACGAGGAGACGGCAAUGUGCCCCCGCAAACACACAUCGGGAAAGCAUAGUGUCAGGUAGGCUGGCCAGUAAAUUUGCCUACAUCAAAGAAUCGACUAUUGGUUUGAACACGAAUAAGCAUAAAAGGAUCUGGAGAUCCAUGUAGUUGGAUGGGAAAGGACUCAUAAGUGCACUCCCACAGUCAGUCAACAAACGCCGUUGAAAAUCCUUCACAAUUAGCCCAGGUCCGUACCCAGAUGCUCCUC